AGCUCGUACGGACUAAAAUAUUCUCGUACAUGUAUAUGAAAAUAUUAUAUACGCAAGUACACAUGAUGUCUAUGAAUACCAGCUACCGCUGCAUGAUACUGGAAUGUCUUCGGGAGAAUGCCGCCAACAUGCGGAUUGAACAUCAGGCACUAUGCGACCGCAUCAGAAUUGCCCUGCAGACUUCCCGCGAGAGUCUCCGACGAAUCGAAAACAUGAACCACCAGCUACAGGAGAUAAAGGUUACUGUUCACAAUGCAUUGGCCUCAAUCAGUCAGCCAGAGCCAGCCGAUGUGAAAUAUGUAGUCCGCGAUAUAUACAAUGUAUUAGCAGAUAAUGUGGCUGCUUUACUAUCAAACUCAGUGUUCGAAUCGGUCACCCACUGUCUGCACACGGUCCCUGACUCAAAAACCAUUGAAUCAUACGAUGGCGCGAUCAUCACAUUGGACAAUGAUCCAGUUCCGGAGAGAGUUCCCGAUUCAGACUCGGACCCUCAGUCUACUGCAGAGUCUUCUGCUGAAUUUCAGGACUGAAAGACAUUUAGAAAC